AUGUUAAACAAAUAUAAAAUUGUGAAAGAUAUUCCGCGAAUGCUGAGGAACUUUUCUUGCUCGAAACAUCUAAGGAGUGAAGAGCUCUUUGUCCAUCGUGACAGCAAGGAUAAUAAUCCUUCGACGCCAUUCGAGUUCACGGAAGCCAAUAUGACGAGACUUUGUGCUAUCAUCCAAAACUACCCAGAGGGGUGCCAGCGUUCAGCGCUCUCUGCAGCCCUGGACAUAGUUCAGAGGCAAAUAGGGUGGAUCCCAAUAUCUGCCAUGCACAAGGUUGCCGAAAUACUGUCUAUGCCUCGCAUGAGAGUGUAUGAAUGGGCGACAUUUUACACAAUGAAUAAAAGACGCUUCAGAGGAAAGUUCAACGUGAAAGUAUGCGUGACUACACCCUGCAUGCUUCGCGGUUCGGACAUAAUCCUUCAAGCUGUGGAAGAGGCGACCUGCUGCUGUGCUGGUAGCUUAUCAGCAGAUGGCAUGUUCGGGGUAGACACGGUGCAGUGUCAGGGCGCAUGCGCAAACGCCCCGGUGAUAGCUGUUGAUGAUGAUUACUAUGAGGAUGUGAACGUUUGCGAUGUGUAUAAUAUUAUUCAAACACUGAAAUGUGGCGGUAUCCCACCCUGGGGCCCACAAAACGGAAGAUUUGCUGCCGAACCAAUAACAGGACAGACUUCUUUGUGUGAAUGCCCACCGCCUCCAGGAUUUGGGAUUCAACCAGAUUUACUCCAGGCUUCUACACCUAAACCUGGCAAAUGA